GCUGAGGAGAUUCGGACUUGUGCGGCUAUGCAAGUUGCGUGAAUAUACCCUUAAAAUCUUGAGCGAUCGUCUUAUCUUGUUUGUUAUCAUUGAUGACAGGACGAAUCAACCAGCGUCGAUACGGAAUGACAAUUCGAGACUCGAGUAUCUUGAUCAAACGAACGAAUUUACGCGCACAUAUAUGCGACUUGCCGAAGACAUCCGGCAGCAACCUGCCGAAAUUACCCCCAAACGCGAGGUUCUACAAUCGGUGGAAACGAAAUCUUCAAAAGCUCGUUCUUGUUUCCACUCGACAUCCUUUAACAGGUUUAAUUUUACGCAGCCAAACAGCUGUUGCUUUCGAAAAGAGAAGACACUCAAGAUCACCUCAUCGAUGGACGAUUCACCCAUGUAGUAUGUUGAGGUUCUACUGGGACACAAUAAUGACUGUAACGUUUUUAUAUAUUUUUGUAACAAUUCCACAUAUUAUGUGCUUCUACAGGAUCGGAAAGAGCAGCAGUUCUGAAUAUUGGAAUAUCGUCUAUCCAAUUUACACUGUUUGUAUUAUUGACAUAUUCCUGAAUUUUAUUACUGGAUUUGUAUCUCCAGAUGGACAUGAGAUUUUUCUUGAUCCUACUCUAAUAGCACGGUGAUUGUGCCAUGAUAAUGUAAAAUUCAGA